CGUGGUGGAGGUCGGACGGCGCUGCCGCUCUCUCUCUCCCUCGCUCACUGAGACGCCGCGUCGGGCCAGAUGUGACUAGAGAAAAAAAUCUGAAAUUAUAGAAAUAGAAUGAGCGCUAAACUGUUUAUCGAAAUUCAAAAUAAUGUUAAACUCAAGCAUGAGACCCUGCAGAUAAGAGAGAAGCAUCUCGAUUUAUAAAGUUUUGUAAGUUAGAUUGAAGUGACCACGGGUGACCCGACCAGAUGGGCCCUCACUGCCUCGUGGGACUCGUCAUACUCAUCCUUGCUUCCACCGAGCUACAAGUCACCGGAGCUGCCCUUAAACCAGACCAGGUGAAGGAGGUGUGGGUGGUGGCGGGCGAGAGGGCUGAACUGCCGUGCGCUCCCUCACCGAAGCUCUCCCUGGAUAAGCCGGUCCUUGUGCUGUGGUACCGUUCCAGCGACACCCUUCCGGUCUACAGCUACGACGCGAGGGCGGGAGAGUUUUCCUCGGGCUCGCGGUGGGCGGACGAGAGCGCCCUGGGUGGGCGUGCAGACUUCAACGUGUUGUCGGAGACGCCCACGCUCGUGCUGGAGCCCGCCCAGCCGCGCGACGAGGGCGUCUACACCUGCAGGGUCGACUACCGGCUCUCCGUCUCCACCAAGACGGUUGUCAACCUCACCGUCGUUAUCCCCCCUGGUCCGCCCAUGAUCCUGUGGGGCGGCCGCGCGGUGGUCGGGACCAUAGGGCCCCUCAGCGAGGACGAGAAGGUGGAACUCUCCUGCAGGAGCGAAGGAGGGCGCCCCCAGCCCGCCCUCACGUGGUGGCUGCGAGGCCAUCAGCUGGCGCCCGUCAGCCUCGACUCUACCUCAGACAAUGCCACAGACACGUACUGGGUCGAGAGCCACAUCUCCGUGCCGGCGACCCGCGACCUCCAGGGCGCCGCUCUCUCCUGCCACGUGCACACGCCCACCAGACCGCACGCCCAACGCCCUGUCAUCAACCAGACUCAGACGGCGUCUAUUAUGCUCAACAUAACCCUGCCGCCCCUCGCAGUGCGGAUCGUCGGCUCUGAUCAGCACGUGUCGGCGGGGCGGCCGCUGAGGCUGGAGUGCCAGGCGCUUGGCUCGUUCCCACCCGCUCAGCUCUCCUGGUGGAGGGGCCAUUCGCGCCUGCGGCAGGUCGUGCGUGAGGGCAAGGUCGUCGAGCACAACAUGAGCGCAGGUGUCGUAGUGAGCGGCCUUAGCCUGGUCAUUCGGCACCUGCGUCGGGAGCACUCAGGGUCGUACACCUGCGCCGCGACCAACACCGAGGGCGUCACGACCAGCAACCCCGUUUCCCUCACUGUCAGACGUGAGUUAAUGCUUCGCCGCUUUUACUUUUGAUUUGUGCGCGGGCUUGCGAGUGAGCGAGUGCUGCGUUAUUUUCGUGUCUGUGAGGCUGCUUAUGUCUGUCUUGCAAGGCGUGGCUGGACAAGAGUGGAAAGUUAGAUGAAGGAUAUGUACAGUAGUUUAGUCUUGUGUAAUAUAGGACAAUACAUACAGACUUGCACAAAUAUAAACGCAUAAAUACAUUGAUUAUCUAUUUUUUUUUAUGUGGUAUAUGUAUGCGUGUCUCUUGGGGGGAUGUUAGUCAAAUGCAGAACAGGUAAGUGGGCUUGAUGAAAACGCUUUUUGAAAAUAAAAGAUGGGCACGUUAAAUAAUAAAGGCGAAAAGUGGGAUUAAAGCGUGGCUCUCGUAUGAUUACGCACAAAAGAAAUAUGUUACGUGA